AUGAGGGAUGAUCCUCCCACAAGAUUCCAAAGAUUUUCGUCCGAUGAAAACCUUCGAGAAAUAACACUAACCGAGUACGUAAAUGAUGAAAUAAUUGAAUUCCAACAGCAGGAUUUCCAUGAUCUUCAAAGAAAUUUACUAGAAAAAAAGGAUCAAUUCGAAGAUGAUCAAUUUUCAGAAGAAUUAUUUGAAUUGUCUAAAGAGAAAAUUUUGAAAAGACCCAAGGCCGGAACAUGGGUUGACGUUGUUAUCGAUGAUCGUCUUCCAACUGAAAAUGGAAAACUUGUCUAUGCAUCAUCAGGAUAUGAAAAUGAAUUUUGGCCAGCUCUAAUUGAAAAAGCUUACGCAAAAUUACUUUAUCGUUCAUAUGAAAAACUAAGUGAGGGUAAUUUUAGAAUAUCAAUGCAAGAUUUAUCAGGAGGUAUAGGUGAAGAAUACUUAACAGAAAGCUCAUCAGAAAAAUUAUUUGAAAUUAUUCAAGAUGCAAAAAUCAGACCUACAUUGAUAGCUUGUGGGACUUCAUUCAAAGUAACACCUGAAAUGAGCGAAUUUGGUUUGAUGCAACGUCAUCAGUAUGCUAUCACAGAUGUAAAAUUAGUGAAAAAAAAAAAUGUUGAUGAUGAAUCAAAGCUUAUACGUAUUCGAAAUCCACAUGGUAAAAAAAUAAAAGUUUCUCAUUUUGGUAAGAUCCCUGAUAGUUUUGAGAAAGAAAUUAUCAAGUCCAAAUUAAAAAUUGAAGUUGAUGGUGAAAUUUGGAUUUUAUAUGAAGACUUUAUUAAACUUUUUGAAUUUGUUGAAAUUUGUAAUUUAACACCUAAUCGAAUAAUCAAUAAUAUUUAUGCUAAAAAAGAAGGUAAAAAAUUGUCACUAUCAGCAAUUGAAGGUAAAUGGAUGGGAGGAAUAAAUUCAAGAGAAGCAAGUGUAGAUGUUAUAUCAAAAAUUUAUCCAAAAUAUAGUAUAGUAUUGACAAAGCCAGACUAUGAAGAUGAAAAAUGUAAUAUUUUAAUUGGCUUGUCAAUAGAACGUAGACAAGAUUUAGAAGAAAUUGAUGGAGAUGAGAUAAUUGAUGCACAAAAAUCAUUUGAUUCUGAUGAUACAGAAUUUGAUCCAGUUGGAGGUUUUGGUCAAGCUGCUAAACGUUUGUAUUUAAAACUUGGUACAUAUUACAUCAUACCAUAUACAACUGACACAUUCAAAGGAGCAACUUUUUAUCUGCAAAUUUUAUCUGAACAUAAAAAUAUUUUAAAGGUUCAUGACCGAGAUAUUGAUAUCAACCAAAUCAUGAGUAAGUUACAUACCUUGACACCUGCAGAUGACAAUGAAAACCUAGAUGAUCAACUAUUUUUAAAUAUGGCAUCUAAAGUUGAUGGAAAAAUUGAUUUUAAAAGUUAUAUUUUACAUGAACUAGUUGAUGAAGUAUUUCUUGAGUUAGAAACAAUAUUAGAAACUAAAAAAUUUGUGUCGAAAAAAAAAUUGUCUAUUGCAAGAAUAGCGAAAGUAACAUUGACUGUUGAAGAAGCUUUUGAACGUUAUGAAGAAGCUGGAUCACCUGGAAGUAUGUCCGUUCUUUUUUUGACACAAGUGCUAGAACGAAAUGGAUAUUUGAAAAAUGAAGAAGUCAUUGAGACUGUACAUGAAGAAAUGGGAAUGGAAUUAAUUCAUGUCAAUGAUAUAAUUUUAAUUGUCGUGGCUUUGAAAAGUAGAUUUGGAUUACCUUGUGAGGAAUUCAAUGCAAAUUUGUGCCAGGAUUUUAUUGCAAUGGUACGCGGUUAUGAUGAUUUUCAAGGCAAUUAUUUAAACUUUAAUGAACCGACGAUUCAUGAUUUAAGAAUUGACACAAAACAGUUUGAAAAGAUUACUCAGUUUAUCACCGAAUCAAAAAAACAAUUCGACAAUUAUGCAACUGAAUCAUAUUUUUCUGUACAAUUUAAACAACUUAAAAAUACUCUAGAUGCAAUUGAUUAUAAAUUGAGAUACAGUAUGAUUGCAAAUAUAUUCCAAAAAUAUGGAAAUGAGCUUGAUAUUUUUUAUGAUCAGUUUAUACAGUCUGUUGUUGAUACAACACUAAUAUUAGGUACAAAAAAAAAGACUGAAUAA